AUGGGAGACCGCUCAAUCUACACCCCCUGCAACCUCUCCGUCGAACCCGCCGCAGCCCGCUGCGGGCGCCCCUCCGAAGAUACCACAGAUGGCGCAGAAGAGGACAUAAAGCCCCAGGAGGAGGUGAAAGCGAAAGCGCAAGAAAUUGGACAGGGUUCGAAAGAGACGGGAGAUUUCGAUGAUUUUGGCCUCCCUAUUCGAACGCGCUCAACGCCUGAACGGCCCCCCGACGGCUCCCCCGAGAAUGCAGGCGAUGGUUCUGAAGCCAAAGCGGUCCAGCCCUUGACCGACAAUCCGAAUACAAAAUCCGAUAUACAGCCGAAACAAGACACAGAGGCAGAAAAGCUAGCCGAGGCAGCACCGGAAACCAAGGCUGAAGCUGCAACUGGAACGCUCGGCGUGGCGGAACAACGAGCACCGUCGGACAUCAAGGCGGAAACUCAAUCUGACACCACACCCGUGGAGAAGUCUGCUGCGGGAGCCUCGGCCGAGCCAGCUACGUCUCGGACAUCAGUGUCUAAGUCCAGGACUGCUGAGAUUUCAGAAUGGUCACACAUGCAUCUGGCCCAACCCGUGGAGGCACAUGCUGAGAGCGACGACGAAGAGGAACCCGAAGAUUGGCAAGCAAUGCCAGCCCUUGGGGAAUUCGACUACUACGAUGACUAUGGAAGAUUGAUUGCACGCGGUGCUCAAGAGGAGGACGAUGAAGCUGUUUACCAAGGACUCGGUGGUGCUGGAAAAGGCUAUACUCGAGUCCAGCUGGAUGAAGAUGCUCAGUCUGCCACUAGUUUGGAUGAGGACACAAGCUACCUUUUCCGAGAGACUGGAGGCAACCAGGCUGGCCUCGAAGGCGAGGAACUUCGUGAUACCAUGAGCCAACUACAAGCCACUAAGGACUUCCUCAACGAAACUCAAAAAAUUGCUUAUGUUGGUGUGGUCAGACUGGCAAUUCAUAAAAUGAAUUCCGAAUUGGCUGAGAUGCCCACCACGAAGGGCACACGCAAAGCGCUACAGAAAGCUCGCGACAACAUGAGGAAGUGGGGACAAGCAAUGAUGGGGAGAUUAUAUGCUCAUAUGGAUAUCAAUACGGCUGAGCAGAUCAUGAUUGAACAGCUUGCCGGACAUGGCGUUCAACCUGAGGACCUUAUCAGGCCUCUCAUGCAAAAUGCACGGGUCAAGAACCCAAUGGCCGAGAGCGAUACACGACCCUCAACCUCUUCAGUUUCAUCUCCAACCUCCAAAUCAGACCCCCGAAACAGAUUCUCUUCCGAGACUGCAAAUUAUUCCGAACCCGGCUCCCCACCUCCAUACGAGGCACAUGAAGGCGAGGGGAUAGUCCCUGAAGUCCAAACGCCAUCUCAGAUGCCGACUUCCGAUCGAAUUGACAUUGAUCUUCGUUGGACAGUUCUGUGUGAUUUAUUCCUCGUGCUCAUUGCAGAUUCCGCCUACGAUGCUCGGUCACGAACUUUGUUGGAAAGAGUGGGAGCAGCCAUGGAGGUGACGUGGUUACAGAUCUCUCGAUUUGAGAAGCGAGUGACUGAUGCUCUAGAAAUGCAAGAACAAGCAGAUAAAGAGACCUGGGAUGAGUCGGAGCAUAUGGAGAAUCGCCGGCAGAUGUCGCGAAAGCGCAAGUAUAUGCUCAUGGGCUUGGCGACGGUCGGUGGUGGACUUGUUAUUGGCCUCUCCGCUGGACUGCUGGCUCCAGUGAUUGGAGCCGGUCUUGCUGCAGGUUUGACUACCGUGGGAAUUUCCGGAACCAGUGCAUUCUUGGGAGGCGUUGGCGGUACUGCUUUGAUUGCCUCCGGUGCUAGUGUGGGUGGAAGCGUCAUUGGUCUCAAGGCUUCACAUCGGCGUACAGGAGCGGUCCAAACAUUCGAAUACCGUCCUCUUCACAAUAAUAAGAAGCUUAAUCUUAUUGUGACGGUCUCUGGCUGGAUGACUGGCAAGGUCGAUGAUGUCCGGCUCCCGUACAGUACUGUCGAUCCGAUCAUGGGUGAUAUUUAUUCCGUUCUCUGGGAACCUGAGAUGCUGCGUAGCAUGGGUGACACAAUUAACAUUCUUGCGACAGAGGCGUUGGCCACAGGUCUCCAACAAGUACUCGGUAGUACUGUUCUGAUGGCUCUAAUGGCCUCUUUGCAACUACCACUUGUUCUUACGAAACUCGCCUAUCUCAUCGACAACCCCUGGAACGUCUCCUUGUCACGCGCUCACUUCGCAGGCCUGAUCAUGGCGGAUUCUUUGCAGGACCGGAACCUUGGAAACCGGCCCAUUACGCUACUUGGGUUCUCAUUGGGUGCAAGAGUCAUUUUCUCUUGUCUCAAGGAACUUUCGGACAAGGGUGCCCAUGGACUAAUUCAGAACGUGUAUCUGUUUGGGUCCCCAAUUGUGGCUAGUAAAGAUGAUUAUCUGAAAGCCCGCAGUGUUGUAUCUGGUCGGUUUGUGAACGGAUACUCUAGGAACGACUGGAUUCUUGGAUACCUCUUCCGGGCCACAAGUGGUGGUGUCAUGCGUGUGUCUGGUCUCGCGCCCAUUGAAGGUAUUCCCGGGAUUGAGAAUUUCAAUCUAACAGAGCUUGUGAACGGUCAUAUGGACUAUCGAGCUGCCAUGCCUCGUAUAUUAAGGGAGGUGGGCUUCGAGGUUCUUGAGGACGAAUUCGCCGAGAUCGAAGACCCUGAUCCAGAUAGUCAUGCCGAGCGACAGAGAGAGCUGAUCCGCGAGAUCGACGAGGCUCGUCGAGAAGCCGAGCAGAAACCAGAGAAGAAGCGCUUUGGCCUCUUCAAGCGAGGCAAGAUGGCGGAGAAAAAGGCAUGGGAGACAUAUGAUGUUGACCGCAACUCUCCGCUGCGUGGCUCGACUGAGCCUAACAGUGCCCCCGGUACUGUACUUUUCGAUAUCGAGGCUAUUCGGGCUGAGCUGGCUUCCGAGGCUAUCGAAGUCAAGCAGCUGGAGUCUACCCUGCCUCCAAUGAAGCUCGAUUUGAACCCUCGACCUGAAUCCUCUCAACCCGCAACACCGAAGGAGGAACAACCCAAGCCCGAAACUCUUGAAGCGCCCCCCGUCACUCGAACAGCAUCAGAACCUGGGUUGAACACUGUGUCUCACCCUCCGCAUGAAUCUGCAUCGUACAAGGAAGAUGAGCUCGAAAUGACCUUUGAUACCUCGUUCCAUGAACCACCACCCCAGUACUCAUUUGAUACCCUUACUCGCCCAGAAUUACGAUCUACCGUUAGCCUGCCCAACAGCAAUGUUGGAAGCAGUGCGGUCGGGGCUAUGGCGCUGGAGCAUAAUGCCUGGGCCGAUGACCAUGAUGACGGGGGGAUCUCCAUGACAUUUGAGUAA